AUGGCGAUAUCAACGCUCCCCUCCACAACUACAACGCUCACUCCCACCAAACCUCUCUCAAGCACAACCCAACAACCCCCAUACAAACGCCCAACUUUCCCCUUCCUCGCUCUGCCCAUCGAACUCCGUCUUAAAAUCUACCAUGAGCUCCUGCCCCCACGAACCCACACGAUCGUCAGCGACACGCGCCCCUCCGGCCUCUUCUUCAACUCCUCCCCACCAUCCUCCACCUACCCGUUUGGCACUCCGCCAGCCCAUCCCCCAAAAUACAGAAUCCUAACCACAAACCACCACACCUCCUUCCCCUCCGCCAGCAUCUACCCCCAAAUCCUCCGUUGCUCGCGCCAAACCCACGCAGAAGCCGAAUCGCUCCUCUACGGGCACAAAGACGCGAUCUUCGAUUUCGGCACGCAUAGCGAUGCGCUGAUCUCGUUUUUCUCGGCACGUUCGAGCGUCGCGAGGAGCGUGGUGCGGCAUGUGCGGUUGGGGAAGGAGAUUCAUUGUGUGCUGAGUAAUGAGGAGGGGAAUACUGUGUUUGCGGGUGUGGAUGGACGGUGGGUAAGGUUGUGCGAGUUUGUGAGACGGGAGAUGACGGGGUUGUGGGGGUUGGAGUUGAGGGUUUGGGGGAGUCAUGGGGGGAGGUUGAGGAUUCCUACGUCUGAGAGGUUGGCUGAGAGUGAGGUUGCUCCGCUUGAUGUGGUGGCUCUUGAACGGGAGCCGAAUUGGCAUAUUCAUCCUUGGACUUCGCCAUUGCUCACGCUGCCUUCGCUUCGUACGGCGACGAUUACGGUGUGGGAUUUCCAGAUUGGAGGGAAAGAAGGGGAGAAGCGUGGUUUUGACAGUUGGCUUGCGGAGAGGAUGGUGGUGGAUGAGGUUACGAGGGAUAGGAUGGUUAGGGAGGGGUUGGUUGUUGAGGGGGUGGUUAAAGUUAGAGGCGAAGGAUACUAG